AUGGCCUACCCCUAUCACUCUCCACCACCACCGCUUAAUCAGUAUGACCAUCCAAACUGGUCGCCGCCAUCCCCAGUAGCAGCGCCGCCUCCACCAGCCAUCAUUAAUGGUCCGUCCCUUGUGCCACCAUCCUUUCAUUCACCCCCGCCAACUACCAAUAAUGGUCCGUCUCCCGUGUUACCUUCUGGUCAGCCGCCGCCGCCGCCGCCUGCUAACCAUGCUCCGUCUUCACCGCCACCUUCCGUUUCCCCUUCGCCACCAACUCCUUCAGUGACUCCCGUUAAGAGUACACCACCAACUAAUAACGGCCCAUCUCAAGUGCCACCCUCUGCCAUGCCACCAACCUCCACCGCAGCGGCACCACCACCAGGUAAUAACAAUGGUCCGUCGCGGAUGGCACCAUCCGCUCAGCCAUCAUCACCGAAUAAUGCUCCAACAGCUCAAAAGACAACUGCACCUGGCUCUUAUUCUCCAUCUCCUAGAUCACUGUUUCAUGCACCUCCGCCCAAGCAUAACUUGACUCCUGCACCUUCACAAGGUCCUUCUAAACCACCAAAGCCACAAAGAGGUCCUCACUCCCCUUCACCAGCACCGUCACCUCCUGUGUUUGGAGGAUAUGCACCACCACCGUUGAAGGCGGUGCCCCCGUCCUCGGACAUCGUAGCGCCACCUUCAGGAGGACAGGGUCACAACCACACCUUGUUGAUCGCAUUGUGCACUUCUCUAGGCGGUGCUUUCUUCAUCGCAUUCCUCUUAGUUGGUCUCAUCUGCUUGGCCAAAAAGAAAAAGAAGCGCCUCACGGUUCCUGCCGGUGAGGCCGCAUCUCAUCAGUCUGGGCAUCCAUCCUACACGUGA